AUGGCGGCGACCAACCCAGCAGAUUUAACGCAAAUCCAGUUGCGUGAAAAUUUAGAAUUGCAGCUCUCUGAGGUUGAAAUGCUUCGAUCUAUGUAUCCAGAAGAAGAGGAGUUCAAUUUGGAUGAGCAAGCACUUCUAGAUGUACAAGAAUUUUGUUCUGGUAGGACAGAUGAAAAACCACAUAGUCUUCUUAACUUCACACUGACCAUCAGCUUACACGACUGUAAUGGAGAUGGUGGGAGAGAAAACUCUAUAGAUCUGUCUUGUUAUUUCCCUCAAGAAUAUCCCAACAGUAAACCAGAGCUCUUUGUUAGAUCGCAAAUUCUUAACAGAGAAACUCAGAGGGAGGUUAAUGAGACGUUAAACUCUCAUAUAACUGCAACAGUUGGCUCUGGAGAAUUAUGCACAUUGCCAGCACUACAAUGGAUUCAGGAAAAUGGGGAAAUGUACAUUGCUCGUAGCCAAGCUGAAAUUAAAUCUUCUACAACAAUUGCAAGCAAAUCUCAAGAAAGUGAGGUUAAAAUAAAAAGAGAUAGGAUGUUCUUACGAAUGUGGUUAUAUAUGCAUCACAUAUACAGCAAAACAAAAAGGAAAGAUAUUCUUCAAUGGGCCACUGACUAUAACCUCACUGGUUUCUGCCUCCCGGGUAAGCCAGGGGUUGUUUGCUUGGAAGGUGAUGAAUACAAUGUUGAAGAGUACUUCAGUCGUUUACGGAGGCUUAAUUGGAAGAAAAUUACUUGCAGACAUCGAGAAAAGGGAGAAGAAAACAAAAGCAUUGAUGAUCAGAGAAAGUUUUCUGGAUUUGAAGAAUUGUUCUUUGAAGUUCAUGGCACAAGAGAAAACCAUAUGGAUAUGGGCCAGUUUCUUCAUUAUUUAGAACAACAUAAUUUAAGUUAUAUUUUUCAAAUUUUAUUUGGUAUAGAAGGUAAAUCUUCUUUUGACAAGUAAAAGUAACAAUAAAGAUACAAUAUUAUUUAAAUACAAAAUAACCAGUGUAAUUAUUUUAUAUUGGGUAAUUUAACUAAAGUUGGUAACUAAAAUUUUGUGUUCUUUUCUUCUGAGAAUGUACCAUGAGUUUCCUUGACAGGAUGCUUGUUAGCACCUGACCCCACCCCCAUCCUCACCCCCAACCCUCCCCCACCACUACCACUGCUGCCAACACCUUUUUGUGAGAAAAAUGACAGGAAUUGUACCUAACAAUAUUAAGACAACAGGAUGACUGUGGAACAAAAAUGAUGUUCAGCAUAUCCAAAGGAGAAUGCUGGCAGCUUAUUCUACACCAUGAAGCACGUGAUCAUAUGAAAAGGGGAUGUUCCUUAGGCAGAAGGGUCAUUCCAUCCUAAGCUACCUUCUGUACCAAUCACACUAAACGACUAUUACGUCUAUAUUAAUAUUAGGCCAUCAAUUCCUUGUGUGACGCCUGUCAUGUCAGUGUUGCGUGAGAAUGAAAAUUAGAGGUUUGCUCGGGGACUGGACACCACAGGAGAAAUCAUCAUUGCUGCCGCUUUCGCUCCAGAGAUCGAAUAAUCAAUCCGAAGGCUUCAAGCCUUAACCAAGCCACAGAUAUUGUGUAGAGUUCCCGGCGGUUGUACAGGUGGGCACAAUUGUCAUCUGUUAUAUAUAUAACACUUGCAAGGAUCUCCUUGUUUAAGAACGAAGAUCAAGAUCAGUUAUAUUUAAAGUUCGUCACAAAAACAAAAUUUUCCUCUGCGUUCGGUCAUGAUGUCCGUUUCAGCUUGCUGCAUCGGAAUGUCUUGUUCAUUUUUUUUUUUUACGUUCGCUGUGGUCAGCCACUUUCUUUAGUUUGAUUCCAAAAUGCAGUAAGAACUUCUCAUGCAUUGUUGUUAGGUAGUUUUGCUUUGUUUAAACAUAUGCGCAAGAUUACGAUUUGUAGAUUUUCAGUGAAGCUUCCGCUUGAGCAUCUUCGAUUCUUGGGGUCGAAUUUUUGUUAAUUUCUGCGCUCUUGCCUCAAUCGAUUUGUGUGGGCGGAAUUUAUCAAUCAGUAAGAACCGCUUAUUUAACUUUUGCUGAUUUUGAAGAGGUUUCUAACUUGUUAACGUACUCUAUGGCUGUAAAGUUGAGCUAAUAUAUUAUCGAUCGAGAGUGUAUUGUGUUAGACCUACUGAGUGACUGUCCAUUUUUAACAAUUUAAUACCUGAACAUACCUGUGGUGAGUAUUUUUUCAAUCGCCUCUUUUUCUCCGGAGGAAGAAAUUAGGCUAAACUGGAAUUGAAUUAUAGCGAUCAAGUCGCUAAUAUUCUUAACUUUUCCUUUUUCCAGUGUGGUGCGUUGCUCAGAUACAGACAUGGCUCGAGAACUUGUCAACGAAUAUAGUAAUUAAUUACACUUCGCUUGAUUUUAAAAUGAAAGUAAAAUUGGUUAUGAAGUGGAAAAUGCAACAUUUAAGCUUAUUUUUGCACAAUUUAAAUUGUUAUUCAUGUACACAUACAUAAGAGUGCAGUUUUUAACAACGUGUGUGGUUCUAGAAAAGUGUAUCUUGCAAGUUGUUCAUUUCAGACUCAAAAAUUCCGACCACUCUCUUCAAACCCUUACACAUAUAUGUAAGUUUAACAUAUUAAUGCCGAUCAAACUUUAAUUCACCGUUGAUCUGUUCUCGAACGUAAAAAAGUCAGGAUCAUUUCCGCUGAAAAAUAGAUGUUUACUUGGCAGCUUUCAUGCUUGUUCAAUUCUGUCACUUUUCUGGUUUCCUACGUGGGUUUGGUGUUAGGCAAGUCAUUUUAUGUUUAACCAGCUGCUUUCCUUGUUUUUACUAACUUACUAAACAAUUUUCUUUUUCAUGUUAUUUACUUCAUGUAAAUUUAUUCAUAAUCAUCAAGAUUUGUGGUAACAAAUAUUGAUCAAGAAUUUAUAAUUGCCUUGCAGCAUUAUACUUUGAAUGAUAAUUAUUGACUGUUUUUUUUUACAUUGUCACUGUAUAACCCCAGAAAAAUUAUGUCUGAGUGUUCAUCUUCUGCUGAUUUUGUGGUUUCAUAUUCAUGAAGGUAGCGUAAACAUCUCAUCAGUGGCAUUCAAUGUUCAUCUGCAAUAUCUCACAUUAAAUAAAUCCUGAUUUGCAUUGAAAAAAAUAGAGUACGCACGCUCGCCUGAUAAAUACUCCAGCUGUUUCACUUGAAUACUAGUACUUAUAGAGCCAUUGCAUAUCUUUUCUGUCUCUUCCAGAAAAUUACAAAUUAUCUUAAGUGUUUUGAAGAAUGUCUUUGAAGGUCUGAAAAUUUCCAGCCUUAAAGCAAAAAGAAAAAUUUUCUUUUUAGUUGAAGAAUCAGGUGAUUCAAAUGAUCCAGUAACAAAAAAAAAGUAUGUGCAAAUAAUUAACAAUUAUUAUUGGACGAGGUUGAGCAAAAUAUUAUGAUUUGUCAGUGGCAAGAGGGACCCUGACAAAUCACAAUAUUUUGCGAUAACCGAGGUCAGUAAUUGUUUGAUCAUUCGAUCACCGAGUUUGUUGUUUAAAGGAAUAUCUUCAGGAAGCAAAGCGAUCUGCCAUUUUCACGUAAGAGCGAUCACAAGAUGGAGAGAAACGUGGUUUCAUUUAUGCAUUCAUGAACUGAAUAUUAUUUGCAGCCAAACAAAGUUGGACAACAUUGUGCAUGAGCAGACCAUUUUUUGUAGGCAGUUAUUUGCAGGUCACGUGGUGGGCUCUCGGCCAAUGAAAAGGAAGAAAAAUUUGCAACGAAUGAUUAUUUAAUUUUUUAACCCGUGUGCAGAUGUCUCAUUUUCCUACAGCAAUUAAAUUAAAAGGAAAUACUACACAAUUAAACCUCUCUACAGUAGCCACCUAAGAGCAGCCUCAGAAGACAUUCUUAAGCCUGGUUCUCGUAUGCUGCCGAAGUACCUGUGACAUGGCUGCCGAUACUGCCUGCAAUACUACUCCAACAUAUGAAGACAUUACACCGCCUGCAACAAGAAACAUCGCAGGUCUUAAACCACUUGCAUUCCUGCGAAGUCGUCCUUGAGUCAACUUUGGAGGCAUGCCAACUGUGAAGACUGACAUGGCCUCUGCUACCAGCACCUUCUGUUCUCACAUCAGAACAGUGUCGCAGGCAGUACCGGCAGUUAGGUCACAGGUAGCUCAGUGGCAUAUGAGAACCAGGCUUUACUUCAGAGUGAGCACAGGCCUGUCAGAGGCUGAUCCUUUUUUGGUCACCACAGGAGACCCAAGUAAAAAUUGCAGAUUACAAUGGUAUGAUUGUAACAUUUUUCUCCUAUUUUUUCACGAUCUUCACUGCAGGCUUGACGAUGUCUGUAUCAUCUGUACAUGGUCCAAGCUCUGGAUCAACUAUUGUUAAAGUAGGCUGGCUUCAGAAACGAGGUAAGUUGUUUAUGAUCAUAAAUUAUUUUUGAUUUUCAUAAAAAUGUAUCUCAAUCAAUCUACUAAGGCACCAGCGAGUGUUGCUUUUGAGCCCUUUUUGUCUGAAGUUGCAAGUGGAUUGUGACUGUUUGGGUGUACAAUGGGUAAGGUUUUGUGCUGUCUGAAACCUUAGGGACUGCAAUUGGCUAUUUCAAUUUGCUAUCAUUGGUUUCUUGAGGACAGCCAUUUAAGUCUAAAAUAGGAUGGGCAAGGUCAAAUAUUUUGGUGUGAAAUUUGGCGAGGGUUGUGUGGAGCAUGCUGAACAACCCCGCCCUAAUUGCCAAAAGCACCUUUUAACCGUAGCAGGAGUCAUUCCCUUCACAGAGCACAGCCAUUUUUGCCACCCUUUUUUUGCUGACCACCUUCCUCCUGAUCAUAAUAGCCCUUUUUUUAAAAUCUUAUUCUCAGGGGAAUACAUUAAGAAUUGGAGACCUAGAUAUUUUCAGCUUUGGAGUGAUGGUUCUUUCAUUGGGUACAAGGAGAUUCCCAAGUCAAGAGAAACUGAACCUUUGAACAACUUCUCUGUUUCCAGUAAGUACACUAAUAAAUAACUUCAAUACUAAACUUCAAUAAUUGAGUAAGUAAAAUUUAUCACAUUGGAAAUCACCAAAGUAUUUUUAUUCUGUGCUAAUGUUGAUUUGAGAGUAAAGCUUUGCUCUAGGAGCACUCAUGUAGCCCCGUCUGACACCUUUGUUAUUAUACACUCUACAGUGUAAUGUACUAUAUUGUGAUCUAAUGUAUUUUUUCUUUAUUUAUUUUACCAGAGUGCCAAAUUAUGAGAACAGAAAAGCCGAAGUCAAAUUCAUUUAUUAUAAGGUAUAGUGUGUGUUUAUUUUCCAGUGGUUGAACUCUCUCAAGCUUUUGUAACAGGGGCGGAUCUAGGGGGAGGGUGCAGGGGGUGCGCACCCCCCCACCCCCUUAGAUGACCUGCGGUUUUCUAAUACAACUGGUAGCCUGUAUACAGACGUCUCCUCCUCCCUCAGGAAAAAAUCGGGAGAGGGGACAACUGGUAUUCUGCCAAAAAAAAAAAAACUAUGUGGUUUAUUGGUGUUGAAGUAGAGCAAGAGACAAGUGCACCCCCUCCUAAAAAAAAUCCUGGAUCCGCCCCUGUGUAAUAUCAGCCAGAUGAGAAGACAAGAGUUGAUGUCCUCUUUACUCUGAUAUAAAACUGGUAACAGCAAGCUUUCUGUUACCUAUCUGAGAUGUGUGCUAUGUAUGAACUCAUAACAUGAGAAGAGCUAAGACCAAACCAUGAAAGAAAUGCCCCUCACUCUUUUGUAACAUUAGUGUGGAUCCUUUCUGUUGCCUUGAAAAAAACAAGCAAAACAAAGGGAAAGGAGGCCAGGCUAAUGGCUCAAUGCCACCUCCCAAGAUCAUGGGCACUGAGACUAGAUUACAAUGCUGUGCUCUAAGGAACGUUGAAGGGAGCCCUGUGCUCUGAACCUGUGAAAUCCAUGGUGCCCAGCGUAUGAUUUGUAUGCAAAAACUAAGAUUUUCUAGUUGCCGGAGAGCAAAAGUUAGGCGCUAGGGGAAACUGGGACAGGAGCACUGCCUUGGAUUAUCACUUCACCCAGCAUGAGCUUGUAGUCCAGCAUUGGUUAGAGCACAGGCCUCCCACUCAGCAACCAGGGGUUAGCCUGCUGACUUAACCUUGGUAGCAGUAAGUUUUCAUGAACUUAGUGUUUGGCAUUGUUAGUGAUCAACAUCAGCUUUCUUCUAACAAUAUUAAUACAUAACCAAGGAAAAAAGGUUAUGAGAGUUAAUCCAGUGAUCACCAAAGAAAAAUGUUUUGAUUUUCAACAAAUUCUCUUAACUAAUUCCUUAAGAAAAUGUAUGAAGAUCCAUCUGGAGAAUUUGUAGGUUGGUACUGGAAGGAGAAAUUGAAUGAUGGUGACUGAGUAAAAGGUUACCAUGGAUGAAAUCUUGUGUAAUUUACUAUAAAAAUACCGGUAACACGACUUUCAGUCAUAGAAAAAUGUUUUGUGAUGUUUUUCUUAUCCACAGAUGUUGGCAGUGGACUAACCUGAUAGAGAGGACAUUCCAUUUAGACAACGUUGCUGAAAGGUUUGCUGUUCACUAAAACUGAUUGCUUGUGGUUACAGUUUUUUUAUUAUUUUCUAAAGGUUUAUGUCCAAUUUUCCCCUUGCCUCUUCCCUUUUGAGUGCCUGGCGUGGAGGAGGCUAAGGAAAGAGGUCCUCUGGUGGGUAGUAAUGUCCUCGGGGGGUGGUAAUGUAUGUCCCUAGACUGAUUUUCAAAACCUGUUGUUUUGCGUUUUGAGAAGGUGGCCAUGUCCCUGUCGGUAUUUUACUAUUGUAUUUGGAAUUUCAGGUUCAAUAACAUCUUCAUGUCGCUGUUUCAAGGCCUGUGUUGCUUGUUGAAAUGUUACCUUAAGGACCUCAGGAAAGACCCGCUUGUCACAUAGAUUGGAAUUGAAUUGCAAGUCUUGGUUUUAUUCAAAGCCUCUUAAGCUUUUAGCCUUAAUAUUAUUUUGAAAGGUUCAUAUGCACAGUAAAUUUUGUUGUCAAAUUUUUCAGAGAAGAAUGGGUUUCUUCCAUUCAAGAGGUAGCUGAUAAAUUGCGUGAAAGUGCAAAAUAUGAAAAAGAGGACUCAGUGACAGAUGAAAUCACCUUGAGAAGUGAAAAAAUGGUUUGUUACUUAACUUUUUGUUUUAGAAGAAAAUUGACAAACUGCCUCAAUGUAUGCUCUGUUUUACUGUGUCAGUUUGUUCUAAUUAGCAUUGUUCUUUAGCAUUCCCCCAAAACAUUCCAGUUUUAGAAAGCUCAGUGUUCUAAACAGGAUUUUUAGUUGGGCAAACUUGAGGGCCCCCGAUUGAAAUAACAGGCCCACACUAAAGUAAAAGAGAAGUCAUCUCUCAUACUUAUCAGCUGCAGGUAUUACUAUUUUUCCUAAAUUUUAAAUAUCUUUUUUUUUUAGACCCUAGACGAUUUCCAUCUACUGAAAGUUCUUGGAAAAGGGACAUUUGGUAAGGUCAUGCUAGCAAAGUUCAAGAAGACUGGUGAAGUCGUUGCGCUUAAGAUUUUAAAGAAAGAAGUUAUUGUUGCCAAGGUCAGUAAACACGUUCUUUCUCAACAACUCACGCGCAAGAUAGAGUGGUAGUCACUUCUGAUAGUCUCAUUAAUUUACACAGGCAAUUUCUUGUGAUUUUCGUUGUGAUUUGAUAUGGACUUAAACAUUAUCCAAUAAUAUUUAAAUCAAAAUUUCAUCCCACAGGAUGAAGUUGCACAUACAUUAACAGAAAACAGAGUACUAAGAACAAUGGUACAUCCUUUUCUCACAGUAAGUUGCUACAUUUUUCAUUUGGACCUAAUCAUUAACUUCAAUAAAAUAUCAACAAAUCAGAAUUAUAAUGUCAACAUUGUAUGCGAGUAUGGUAUCACUGUGCGUUGUUGUCAAUUAGUCACCUCAAGUAAAUUUUACCACAUCAGAAUUCAUUAACUUUGUUGCCUUUGUGUUGUCGCACAGGAGCUGAAGUACUCUUUUCAAACAAAAGAAAGACUAAUAUUUGUAAUGGAAUAUGUCAAUGGUGGUGAGGUUAGUUAUAGACGUGUAUUAUCUUGUUAUUAUUAUUUAGUUUAAAAUAAAUAAAAAUGAAGCAAAGGGCAGUGGAGUGAAAAAAGAAUGGGAAAAAAGGAUGACCAAUGUAGCUUAUACAGCUGUGGCGGUAAGGGUGCAGUGGGACUUGAACUCAAGGCCUCUGGAUUGCAAGGUGAAUGCUCUACACAUGGCCUUGCCGCCUCUUUAAACUGAAAAAAGGAAAUCAAAAACAGGACGUGGGAAAGAAAUAUGAAGAGAACUUUGAAUUGUUUAAUGGCCGCAGGAAUGUGAAUUUAAAUGCACAUAUAACUGAUAGAAUGUGGAUUAUCACUAUACAGUGUAGACUUCAUUUUAAUAGUACAGUAUAUAUUCACUUCAUUCUCUUUAGGUAGAAAUAGAAAAUUAAUUCAAAUUGAUAGCAGUUAAAUCACAGCUUAUAUUGUUAAUUUUGCUGUUUGCUAUUUUGUUUCAUCAGCUUUUUUUCCACCUAUCUAAAGAACGUGUGUUCUCAGAGGACCGGUCAAGGUUUUAUGCUUCUGAAAUUGUUUUAGCGGUCAAGUAUCUUCAUGAGAAGAAAGUGAUCUACAGAGAUCUUAAGGUAAUUUCCAACAGGUCAGAUGUAAGUUCUUGUCCCAUAUUCUUGCAACCACUGUUUGAAUUUGAAAGAUGUUAAGUAGCAUACUUUCAUCAGUCAGCUUUAAGAUUUCCAUGUUCUGGUAGAUUAGUUUAUUUAGACUUUCUCUUUUUUGACAGCUUGAAAAUUUGCUGCUUGACUCAGAGGGUCAUAUUAAAAUUGCUGACUUUGGGCUUUGUAAAGAAGAUGUUUCACAUGGGGCAACAACAAAAACAUUCUGUGGCACUCCUGAAUACUUGGCACCUGAGGUUAGUUUUCCAUAUCUUCUCCCAUGGCAACUGUAUAAAUAAGUAGUUUUUAUAAUCUGAAAAUUAUGUUGAUUAUUUAUGUUUGAAAAUUAGGUGAAAACCUGACAAAAUUUAUACAACUGAUUGUCAAAGUAUAUGUACGUAAACAUUGCUUGUAACAGUAAGUUGAGCUGUGAAACUGUGAAAGGUAAGUUGAAAGGUAAGUUUCAAGUAAGUUGAAGUUACCCAACAGAUUAUUGAACACAAAAUUUUGCAUAAUUUAUGUUUUUAUGAAGGUUGAAAGCCUAAUAAGAAUGGAAUAUAUUUUAAAUGAAGGACACCUUUUAAGUACAAUCUAUAUCCACAUACAAAUUCUCCAAACUGAUCUCUUUACAUUUCCUUAAAGAAUGAGUUAAGAGAAUUUGUUAAAAGACCAAAGCAUUUUUACUUAGGUGAUCAUUUUAUUAAUUCUCAUAACUUAUCUGUUGACAAUGUAUGGAUAUUGUUGGGAGAUCUUGAUCUUGGUCACUAUUGGGACUUAAAGGGUUAAGCUAAACAGGAUACUCAUGGCAUUGGGUAAAAGGGGCAAAAAAUUAAGAGAGGUGGGAGGGGCAAAGAAGGAACCGACACUUUUUUCCUAGUUUCAGAAGUGUUAGUGUAUCAUGAGUGUUAACUAUAGCAAUCCUUGGUGUGAAUUAGAGCCACGAUCUUGAUUAAACCAAACGUCCUUUUUUUCAGGUCCUGGAGGAUAGUGAUUAUGGGCCUGCUGUUGACUGGUGGGGAGUAGGUGUAGUCAUGUACGAGAUGUUAUGUGGCCGACUUCCAUUCUACAACAGGGAUCAUGAAGUUCUAUUUGAACUGAUUUUAACGGUUUGUAAUAAUUAUCAUGGCGGUUAACAUGAUCCACAAAGUACCAGUAUAGAUGUUAUUAAUGAUUAAUUAUUUUAACCAUUUAUUAUUGUGAAAGCCAAUACAGCCAUGUGAAUAGUCAAGCUUGGAAGUUAUUUGCUUCAUAAAUAAUAAUUCAAACAAGUAAAUACAGCAUAUCUGAUUUAAACUUGCCAUUGAACAGCAAAAUAUCUACAAAGAUUCUUCUUAAAGCAAGUAAGAAAUAAAGCAGCAAAUGUUUUGCUUGUUCGCAGUCGUAUUGAUUAUGAUGGCAGUUUUUUUUUUUACUUAUUUUUUUAUAUAUAUUUGUUACAGGAAGAUGUGAAAUUCCCUUCAAGACUUACUGACGGAUCAAAGAGUAUCCUUUCUGGACUUCUACAGAAAAACCCUUCCACACGGUACAUGCAAAAAAUACUAUCCACAUCUCAAUUCAACAAUUGAAUUUUCUUACAGGAAAGGUGUAAAAUUAAAGUUGUAUAAAGUAUUUAGGAAGAAAACUAGUAAAUUUUAUUUUUCCUUAAAAUUUUAUACUGUAUAAAGCUUGUUUCACUGUAAAUAUACUUUGACAAUUUUUGUAGGUAAAGGUUUCUCUUACAUUAACUGCCCCAACCCAAACAAAGGAUAGUGGAAUGUCAUAGAUCUGUGUUCACUUUGCUUUAAGAUCAUUUUUACUCUAAGGAUCAUCCAUACAUCCAUACAUAUUUUAUUGUAACUCCCUAAAAGGGUUUUCCAGUUACAAGACAACUUUGCCCCAAAAAAUUUAAUACGAAUUAAAAGGAACAAGAAUAAUAACAGGAAUGUAUGAAAAAGUUAAAUACAAAAACAGAAUAAUGCAUUGGGUAGGACUAUUACAAAUUCAAUUAUUGAUGUAGCUUGACGAUAUGUUUUUCAAAAAUGCUAACCGAAUCAGUUGAUUUAAUACCAACGUUUUGCCCCUCGGUAGGAGAGGGACCACUGACCGACAGCUUGAUGGCAUCUCGGAAUAUUUAGCUGACUACUAAUAGUACUUUUUUGUGUGAAUUUCACUACAUCAGAUAAAUUUCUCAGCCAAGAAGUUAGAGACAAGAUUGUUUAUACAUUUAAACAUCACUACAGUAUUGUUCAUUAAAGUUUUCACUAACAGGUAGCCAGAUAAGGAAUUUAGUACCUUGUGAGAUGUGAUAGAACUUUUUUAGAUCAAGUAUGAUUUGUGCUGCAAAGUUCUGGACUAGCUGUAGUUUCUUGAUGUUGCACUUACUGGUAUUUCACCAGACAGAUAAGCCAUAAUAAUAUAAAGUGUGCUGAAAACAAGUGAACUUAAGAGGAGAAGUAUAUUGAGUAAAUGAUUUGUUACAGUGAAAAUAUACAUAUCAUAAUCUUUACAGCCUUGGCGGAAGCACAGAUGAUGCUAAAGAGGUCAUGAGACAUAAGUUCUUUCAGAGUGUCAACUGGGAUGACCUCCUUCACAAGAGGGUAAGAGGCAGACCUUCCAAGUCUCACAGUUUGACUCAACUCACGGUCUCACGAUAUAGCUUCCAAAUGUCGCGGUGAAUCUGAAAAUCAUAAUAUUGCCAGACAAUUCCGGUAGGAAUCGCAUAAUUUUAAAAACCUGUCUUCGUGAUGGACGAAUUGUAUCAAUCUAAUUUUGGGGGGAAACCUGAAUCCAAUUUGAACCUCAUUCCUGUAAAAUGUAGGUUCAGUAAGGUCUGGGGAAACCUCUCACUUUGCCUCCCGCUGUCCUAUCGACCUGGAGAGUAAAACAGAAUCUUCUCUUUGCUGCCAAAAGAGCAACAAGAGAGUGCAACAGAGACCACUUACAGGGUAAAAAAUAUCAUGACAAAUAAAAAUAUUUGGCCUUUUUGGUUUUAUUUGACAUAUAUUCUCCAGGUUUGAGGUGCCAAUCUCCAGGUUUUUAAGAGCUUUUUUUCAAACACUUCAGAUUUGCAUGGUUUAGGGGUUGGAAGGUCUGAAGAGGCAAUAUCAAAUUUCACUGAUAGUUGCUAUAAGUAUCUUAAGAUGUCUUCAUUUUCUUUGGGAAAUCAAAACUAACAGCACAGGACUUAAACUUAACAGGGAAUUAGGGCAAUUUCCCUUGCUGAUACCUGUGUCAAAUAUGCACUGUUAGGACAAGUUUGCAGAAAAACAAGCCUGGAUUCAACAGAAUCUUAUAAAACUACAUUGAACCACUGCGCAGCACAAAUAAAAAUUUUCAUGUGAACGGUGAUGCUAAGUUGAGGGAUUUCUAAAAUGUGAUGUUGAUACCGCAGGUUAAGCCCCCUUUCAGGCCAGUGGUAAAGUCUGACACCGAUGUUUCUAAUUUUGAUGAAGACUUCACCAGCGAACCAGUCAAACUGUCACCCCCUGAAGGUAAGGCAACCGAUCAUGAAAGAUUAAGCUCCAAUAUCCAUAUAUAAAUUCUCCAGACUGAUCUUCAUACAUUUCUUUAAAGAAUCAGUCAAGAGAAUUUGACAAAAGAUCAAAGCGUUUUCCCUUUAAUGGUCACGAUAUUCUUUCUCAUAAUGAUGCAUAGAUGUUGUUAGGAGAAAACUGAUGUUGGUCACUCUUGGGAAAUAAAGGGUUGAAAUUUUGGAAGAACAACUCUUCAUGACCAGCUGUCUGUUGACUGCUGCCCAAAUUAUCAAAGAUAGUUGAUCAGUUGUCAGAUGACUGACGAGCAAUGGUUUUCUGAGUGUGCUUAAUAAUACCUAAACCAACUGUUGGUUAAACUUGGUGAUUUGUAAAUGUAGUGCACCUUAGGGAGCGUUCAUUUUUUAUGAGAGAGGGGGGGCUGGUGGGAUUUGGGGGAGGCCACUCGAAAAAAAAUUGGCUUGAAAGGGGGGGCCAGCCGAAAAAAAGUGAAGGAAAGGGGGGGUCGGACGAAAAAAUUAGAUUAAAAAUAGGAUAAGAGAUGUUUACAAAUGGAAGAAAAAUUGUGCUCUUUUAUUUAUAACAAAUAUGCUAAAACAGUUCCAGGGUAACAAGAAAACUUCUCAACAGCUUUUAUAUUUUAUAAGGACAGUGAACAUACCAUAAUAACAGUCUUGAAUAGCAACAACUUUCUUUUCAUUCAUAAAAAUGUUGUUGUCAAGCUCAUAUAAUUAAAACCAAUAAUUUGAGUCCUGAAUUGGAACUGACCUCGUUACCAGAGCUUUUGUCUGAGAAAUUUAAUGGGAGGGGCAUGAAACUACUACGAGGUGUCCCCUUCCUCAUUUUCGACGUUCUCUUCGAUCUCGUCGUCGCUGUGUUCCUCUUCUUCUUCCUCCUGUUCUUCUUCGUCGUCUUCCUCUUCUUGCUCUUCUUCAUCAUUUUCUUCUUCCUCUUUGUUCAUGUCUCCGACGUUUGAGCUAUAAUCUUCAGGAUGCAGGAAGCAAUACAUCCUGUUUCUUACUUCUGGCUUAAGGUUGGUAAUAAGCCUGCUUUGUGCCGCGUUGCUGAAGUAGCUUGAUUGCAGUAGGUGAGCGAUGAAUGCUACAUCCCGUGUUAGCAACAAUGCUGCUACAUCUUCAACGUUUAUGCACGCUUCCGGAAUUGUCGUGGAGGGAGGAUAAAGAAGACAAAUGGGAAGCUCUUUUGCAAGGGGAUUUGCAACGCAGAUAUGAUGCACGCGUAGGACGUUGUUUUCAAACCGUUUGCGUUUUCUGCCCUUUGAUUUCCUACGGUUUUGUUUUAAUUUUCUUUUUUUUUCACACAUAGUGUCCUGUUAAGCCCUUGAAGACCUGGUCAAAGGUCUCCUUCUUUUUUUCGAGGUUUUCUAACUCCCCUGAAACCUUGAGCUGCUUUGCCUCAAUCCUAGCGAUGUGCUGCACAUUGAAGUCAUGGUGGAAUUUCUUGUCAGGCUUCAGGGUAAUGCCAUUCGCCUGGAAGAGCGUGGAGUCAUGAUCACUCAGAAUUUUUAACUGCCCUUUCAGUUUCUCAACAGCCUCUCUGUGUUCUCUUAUAACGUAGUUCAGUCUCCGUCCAUCACUAGGUUUUAACUGGUACUCUGUUUGUAGCAACUCUCCUAACCUCUCCGAGCAACCAUCUGAAGACGACUCAAAUGAUGUCGUUCUUGCUUUUAUCGCCUCAGACGAGGAAUAUGUAGACGAGCGGCCAGCUACAACACGCUCAGGACAAGCAGUAACAAGAAGAGCUGAAAUUGACUUUUCAUUCUUUUGAGUGAGGAUUUGUUAAAAACAGCUUUCUAGCUUUCAGCUUUCUUUCACUAAAUUACAUGAAAUGUAACAAAACGAAAUUUUAAUGCAGUAACUUUUUUAAUACCUUAUGUAUUUUUCUAUUCAUGGGGCGGGGGGGCCUUCCAAAAAAUUACUCUGAUGAGGGGGGGGCCAUGCGAAAAAAAUCGGAAAUCGGGGGUCAUAUUAUUUUCAAAUUACACUCCUCCAAAUCCCACCAGCCCCCCCUACCCCAUGAAAAAUGAACGGUCCCUUAAUACUUCCAUCAUUCUUUUUCUGCUAGGGGAUUACAGCUGUUUGUACACACUUUGAUCUUUUUGCGUUUGGUUUAAAAGUCAUAAUGACAUUAACCUUUCGUGGCAGGCAUGUGGAAGUGUGGCCCAUUUUGUGGCCAUUUAUGGCAAAUAUCAGUGUUUGAAUCUGAGUCAUGCAGUAUUUUAGGCUUUUUAUUCUGCAAUUGCAUAAAUUGACAUCCGAUCUGAUAUUCAUCUGUAUAAACUGGUUUGCAGGUAACCUGGCUGAGAUUGCUGAAGAGGAUGAAGCUAAUUUUACUCAGUUUUCAUACACGCCUGAGAAUGGAGAAAGCUUGAAGUCAUAACAGAGACAUUACACUUUGCAGUUAGCACAAAAACUUUGGUACAAGCAAGAUUAGUCUGUUGCAGUACAGUACAUGCCUUCCCUUUGUUGCUAUAAAAAAGGCAGAUGUGAAAAUAUGUUAAAAACAAAACAAAAAGAGUAAAAAACCAAAAUCAAGGAUGAAGCUUAGCAGAAAGGUUCUCUUUUUCUCAGUAUUGAUCACAGUUUUUUAUUUCUUGAGUGUUAGAUCCUAUUUAUACAGCAUACCAAUGAUUGGCGUAAAUUUACUGUAGGUUUUUUGUUUUUCUUAGAGCUAACUCUCAAGGCAUGAUAGAAGGUAUUUUUUGCUUUCUUUAUAGCUAGAUGAACUUUUUUCAUGAAAAAAAAGUUUCAAUCAGCCAGCAAUGGAGCUUCAUAGUUAACGUCAAUGUUGCUACCCUGCUCCCUUUGUUUGAAUUCUGGUUUAACACUUGCCCACUUCAAACAAUGGAAGGAGACUGUAGCCUGCAUUCUUAAAUCACAGUUUUGACACUCUACAUAGCGGUACAAGUCAGAAGAAUAGGUUUCAGUUGGUUAAAAAUUCCAUAAAUUUUCUAUGAACAAUUUUAUUACACUAUAUUACCACGUCAUUGUGACUUAUCUAUGAUUAAGUAAAAAUGGCCUGCACUGUUUUUUAUAAAUUAUAAGAAAAAGUAAUGAUUAAAAUAUUACUUCAUAUUUAGGAAGUCAAUGUAACAUAGAGGAGUGUUUGUAUUUACAAAUUUGCAAUGAUAAUAGACAGUAGGAUGAUUUAACUUGAAAUUAUUAUUAAUUUUCCUGUCACUUUUGUUCGUGUUAACAAAUCACAAAACGAACACAGGCAACAGAAAUCAUUUAAUAUUAUUUUUACCACAUGUAGCUACUAGGAAAUAAGAAGUUUUGGUUUCUGUUCUGUUUUUUCAAUAAUACAUGGCAUGAUCCAAUCCAAAAAUAACUUUGACACUAGAUUAAGAACUCUCUUAUCACAGGUUAAUAAUUAACAUUCCACAUCACUGAAUGAUUACAAUAACUGGUCUUGAACAUCAAUUUUAAAGUGACAGUUAUUUAACUGGAUUUUCAGCUUGAGUCAUUAAACUGUCCAAUAAAGUUGAGUUAGUGACUAUAACUUGUGAAAUGAAUAAAUUUAUCUAUGGAUCUUUCUGUUAUCCAUGAUUUAUUUCAGGAAUCAGCUCAAACUUUUUUACACAGUACUACUGCGGUGUUGAUGACAAUAGUUGACUGUAUUUUCUCAAAAAAAUACCAUUCAUGUAAAUAAUUUUUUGAUUUACAAACUAGGAAUUUUGUUGUUACACGCUAGCUUUCAUUAGCGUUUUUGAAGUAAUAAAAUGCAACAGUGUGAUCAAAAUUAUGUUGUUGUUGUUUUUUAAUUUAUUCAAAUAAACAGCUACUUUGUAAAAAAGAGUCUUUUUACUGUAGGAGACAGCUCUUGUACAACCAGCAAUUAAUAAUACUGCUUAAUAAGGACAUCCAUAUAUAACAGACACCGUUUGUUUUUCCCGAAAAAAAGCUCAUAUAUAUUCUCUAAAAUUAA